UCCGUACCGAAAUCCCCAAAAUCACCCCCGAAAUCCAAAUGCAAAACACCGUCGCUUUCACCAUAGUAAUGGCAAAACACUGAAGCUUCCCCGCUUCCGUGAGAAAUAAGCAAGCAAAUGUAGGGGUAUUUUCCGCAUCACGAAAAUAUCAAGCACCCAACUGUGAGAGCAGUCCGUUUCGAGCCAUUUGAAUGCCAACAGUCGGAUCGAAAGCUUCAUCGCUUCUCGAAACCUCCCGAAUCUCUAGGGUUUUUGCAGAAAUUGAAAAAUGCUGGUUUCCGCCCUGGUGACGUCACUCGCAAUCAACUCCGGCCUCUGCGUCCUCUUCUUCACGCUCUACUCGAUACUCCGGAAGCAGCCGAGCAACUAUGAGGUCUACAUGCCACGGCUGCUCGCCGAGGGGGAGUUCGACUCUUCGAGUCGUUUCAACCUCGAGCGGCUGAUUCCGUCGCCGCACUGGCUCAAGCGGGCCUGGCAGCUCACGGAGGAUGACUUGCUGUCGUCCUCCGGCCUCGACGCCGUCGUUUUCAUGCGGCUCAUUAAUUUUAGUCUCAGAGUGUUUCUGUUCGCCGGAGUUAUCGGGGUCUUCGUCCUGCUUCCGGUCAACUGCUACGGGAACCAGCUCGAGUAUGUUGACUUCGCCGAUCUGUCGAAUAACUCUCUCGACGUGUUUACGAUUUCGAAUAUGAACGAUGGCUCGAGCAAGUUAUGGAUUCAUUUUGCUGCUGUGUACCUUGUUACCAUCUUUGUCUGCUGUCUACUUUAUUAUGAAUAUAGAUAUAUUUCCCAAAGACGGCUUGAUUAUUUUCAGUCAUCCAAACCUCAACCACAUCAGUUCACGAUCUUAGUUCGCAGCAUUCCUGUUCCUUAUGGGAGCAGCGUCAGCGAAAGCGUUGACAGCUUCUUUAGAGAGUAUCACCCUUCAACAUAUCUGUCGCAUAUUGUUGUUCGUCGAACAAACAAUCUUGAAAAACUCCUUAAAGAUGCGGAAAAACUCUAUACCAGGCUCAUUCACUUGCAAUCAGAUCCCAACCAGCAAAAGUAUAAACGAUCUUGUUGUUUUGGAUUGCUUGGACGCAAGGUUAAUCUUGUGGAUCACUAUGAAAAGAAGCUUGAAGGCGUAGAGGAGAUUGUGAGAUCGGAGCAAUCAGAGGCUUCAUUAGGAGUAGAAGAAGUUCGAGCUGCUUUUGUUUCCUUCAAGUCUCGGUAUGGUGCUGCAGUUACUCACCGCUUGAAACAAUCAAACAAUCCUACCAAGUGGGUCACAGAGGAAGCUCCUGAACCUCAUGAUGUUUAUUGGCCGUUCUUCUCGUCAUCUUUCAUCCGAAGAUGGAUAUCUAAGCUUGUGGUUAUAAUUUUAUGCAUAGUCCUAACAAUCUUGUUUCUUAUUCCUGUUCUAAUUGUCCAAGGUCUUACUAACCUAAACCAGCUGGAAGUUUGGCUUCCCUUUCUCGAAAGCGUUCUAACCAUAACAUUUGUUAGUCAGGUCGUCACAGGAUACCUUCCCAGUCUUAUUCUUCUAUUAUUUCUGAAAACGGUGCCCCCCGUCAUGGAGUUCUUUUCAUCCAUUCAAGGAUAUGUUUCUCUCAGUGAUAUACAAAAGAGUGCGUGUACAAAAGUACUUUGGUUCACAAUAUGGAACAUUUUUUUUGUUACUGUAUUUUCCGGAUCAGUUUUCUCUGCGGUUUCUAUCUUUCUUGACCCCAAGAAUAUUCCUUCAAAGUUAGGCGUUUCUGUUCCAGCACAGUCGUCUUUUUUCAUUGCGUAUGUAGUCACUGCAGGAUGGACGAGUACUUCAUCAGAACUCUUUCGCAUAAUUCCUCUGAUAUGGAGUCUAUUAAAAAGACCUUUUACUGACAGUAAAGAUGAUGAAUUUGAAGUUCCAGCAAUUAGUUACCAUAGUCACAUGCCUAGAGUUCUUUUCUUUGUACUUCUCGGUAUCACAUACUUCUUCCUUGCUCCACUGAUUCUUCCCUUCCUCUUGGUGUACCUCUGUCUCGGAUUCAUCAUCUAUCGCAACCAGUUCAUGAACGUAUAUGCUCCUAGGUACGAAACUGCUGGCAAGUUUUGGCCGAUCGUGCAUACUUCAAUGAUAUUCUCUCUGGUACUUAUGCACGCUAUUGCAGUUGGAAUCUUUACAAUCAAGAAGGUCGAUCUAGCAUCUACAUUAACUUUUCCUCUUCCUGUAAUCACACUUCUUUUCAAUGAGUACUGCCGGAAGCGCUUCCUUCCAAAUUUCGUUGCUUACCCUGCCGAGAGUUUGAUACGAAAGGACAGGCAAGACGAGAACGAUCCUUCAAUGCCUGAAUUUUUCGAUAACUUGGUCACAGUCUAUCAGGACCCCGAUUUGAUGCCUAUCAACUGUUCUGGGAGCAGUGACAGGCUCAGCAGUCCCCUUUUAUCUUCUGCUCAUCGAGCAUAGGUGUGAGGUAUGCUCGCGAAUGUCUUUACGAUGUACAUUGGUGUUAUAGUACAGGCUCUACGCGUUAUCUUCCUCCCAUUUUCGUUUCAUUCCAUAGCUUUAUUCUUUUCCCUCUGCAAUACAAAAUGUCCCGAAAAGAUCACUCUUCCAGCCCGAUCAAUGUGUUUAUUCUCCUCAUGUGUAUGCAUGCAUAUCCAUCUGAGAUGUGUUCUUGAAAUCAAUUUUUAUAAAGGUGUCUUGGUUGUUCUGUAA